UCGAAAAGGGCAAAUGGUAAAUAUAUAAAAGGUGGUCCAAACGUUAUACUUACAAAGAAAACAAAACCAGGAUUUUGGGUAGGAAUAGAUAAAAAAUUUUUGGUUAGAGAAGUCAGUGAGCAAUCUGAGGUAGGGAAGCUUGACAGUAAUACAGUAGUCUAUGGAUUAUAUCAAAUUCGAAAGCCAGAUGUCAAUCGAUUAAUAUCUAUGAAAGAUGGAGCAUUUAACUAUAUAGCUCAACGAAAAAAAAUGUGCAUUUCAGGUGCUCGAGUACAAGAUAUAGCAGAGUUAGAAAAAAUUCUUAAACGACCGAUUAAAUUACUUGAUAUAACUCAUAGUACUAUAUUUAAUAGUGAAAAGUAUCGAUCAGGUAAGUAUGAAGAAAUCGGAAUGGUAGUUCAUAAUGGCCAUGCAUUUCUAAGAAACCAGCACUUCCCAAGAGAUCGAAUGGUCGAAUAUUAUAAGGGUGAUACAUGGGAAGCUAUCAGUAAUACUCUCAGGGGACCUCAGGCAAUCUGGCUUAUGGGAGUGAGGGAUAUGAGUCAAACAAUAUCCCAGUUUGUUCUAGAAGAUG